UUCCAACACAACACAAAACAAAACAAAGAUUAGAGAGAAACAAAAAUGAAAAUAACAAAGGCCCAACUGGUUUUCCUGUUUUCAUUUGCCACACUAAUUCCGACACUCUGGGGUGGUGGUGGCAAUAUUGCUGAUUUUGAUGACGUCUGGAAGCGACGUGCCGAUCAGGCAUGGAAGAACACUCUGGCAGCUUACGAACCAAGCCCAGAAAAUGUCACCACUAAAUUCAAUGAGAAUGUUCACAAGGCUCUUGUUGCAAAUAAAAGUAACAAAACCAAGGAUUUGGAGGGUGGUGAUGAUAGGAGGAACUUGAGGGGCAAACACAAAAAGUACACGGGUCCAUGCAUGGCCACCAACCCCAUCGAUAGGUGCUGGCGAUGCAGACCUGACUGGGCCGAGAACCGUAAGAGGCUGACGCAAUGCGUGAUUGGUUUUGGCCACCGAACCGAAGGAGGAGAGAAAGGGAAAUACUAUGAGGUGACUGAUAAUUCCGAUGAUGACCCGGUCAAUCCUAAACCCGGAACUUUACGUUUUGCCGUCAUCCAGAAAAGGCCAUUGUGGAUCAUUUUCGCUCAUGACAUGCACAUCAAAUUAUCACGUGAGCUCAUUGUCCAAAGCAAGAAGACGAUCGACGGUCGUGGAGCCAACGUUCAUAUCGCGCAUGGAGCUGGCAUCACACUUCAAUUCGUGGACGAUGUCAUCAUCCAUAGCAUUCAUAUCCAUCACAUUGGUCCAAGCAAGGCUGGCCUAAUCAGGGACUCAGUGGAUCAUAUAGGUUUGAGGACAACGGGUGAUGGAGAUGGCAUUAACAUCUUCGGAUCCACAAACAUUUGGCUCGAUCACCUUUCCAUGUCGGAGGGUCAAGAUGGACUCAUUGAUGCUAUCCAAGGUUCCACUGCCAUCACAAUCUCAAACUGCCAUUUCACCCACCAUAACGAUGUGAUACUACUGGGUGCAAGUGACACCUACGAAAGAGAUAAACUAAUGCAAGUCACAGUUGCAUUCAACCAUUUUGGGAAAGAACUGAUACAAAGAAUGCCGAGAUGCAGGUGGGGAUUCUUUCAUGUUGUUAACAAUGAUUACACACAUUGGAAAAUGUAUGCAAUUGGGGGUAGCAUGCAUCCCACCAUUAUCAGCCAAGGUAAUAGGUUCAUUGCUCCAGACGAUCCCAAAGCCAAAGAGAUAACGAACAGGAACUAUGCACCCCAGUCGGAAUGGAGCAAGUGGGUAUGGAGAUCGGAAGGAGAUUUGUUGUUGAACGGAGCCCGUUUUACAAAAUCGGGGCCGGAUAAAUCUCCCCAUUUUGACUUCACCAAGAUGCAGAUGAUCAAAGCCAAGCCAGCAACAUUUGUGAGAAGACUCACCCGUUUUGCUGGGGCUCUUGACUGCGAAAAGGGGAACAAGUGUUAGAUUUCUAACAAUGGAGUCUAUACAUUUCUUAUUUCAAUUUUUAAUAUGAAGAUGAUGGAGAAUAGAAAAUCUCUUAUUUGUAAAUAUAGAUGAUGACAGACUGACUACCCGCCGGGUUUGGUUGCGGGUGUACAGUUUUUUAAG